CACCAACGUCAAAAGGAGCCGUAUUUAUUUUUUAACACGUAAACCUUUACAUUUAAAUUAACGUUCAGGAUGUAAAAGUAAGAUAAUUAGAUAAGAAUAAAAAAGCAAUUAGCUAACAACAUAACUCAAGCAUUAAAGGCAAAGAAUAACUGUAAACAUCAGUCUUUGGAUGCUAGCAAAGGCAUUGGACUACUUCCGGGUUUCCUGUCACUCAAGCCAGUAAACUUCACAAUGUGGGCGGAGCUUUUGUCGGCUGUCAACCUCAGUAUAUAUGCAGUAGAUACAAUUUCUAUUAACACGCAGAACUGUCAUCUUUAAACGUCUGUUUAAAAGCUUUAACAUGCAUUUUAAACGUCCGAUUGUGUGGCAGGAAUAAAGGUCGGUAUUCGUUCUUACGGAGUGGAUGUAGGAAAGACAACGACACUGCGGACAUGACUCUUCGUGAAUAACGUUAAAUGACAUUAGAUCUCCGGUAUCCUGCUCUCCUCCAGAGAAACAAAAGGUUUUCUCUUUAUUUAACGUCUUAGUUUUUAAUUGUUAACGUAUAAAUAGAUGACAGCAUGAGGAGCCGAAGUAAUUCGGGAGUGAAAUUGGAUGGAUUUGCCAGACUUGUCCAUGAGACAAUAUUAUGCCAUCAGAAUCCAGUGACCGGUCUUCUUCCGGCGAGUGAGCAGCAGAAGGAUGCCUGGGUCAGAGACAAUGUUUACAGCAUUCUGGCUGUGUGGGGACUCGGCAUGUCUUACCGGAAAAACGCAGACCGUGAUGAGGACAAAGCCAAAGCAUACGAGCUUGAGCAGAGUGUCGUCAAACUCAUGCAGGGACUGCUGCAGUGUAUGAUGAGACAGGUUGCAAAAGUGGAGAAGUUCAAACACACACAGAGCUCAAAGGAUUGUCUGCAUGCCAAAUAUCAUACGCCAACCUGCGCCACGGUGGUUGGAGAUGACCAGUGGGGGCAUUUGCAGGUAGAUGCGACUUCACUGUACCUGCUCACGCUGGCUCAGAUGACGGCUUCAGGUCUACGCAUCAUUUCUAACUUGCAUGAGGUGGCGUUCAUCCAGAACUUAGUGUUCUACAUUGAGGCGGCGUAUAAAGUGGCUGAUUAUGGGAUGUGGGAGCGAGGGGACAAGACCAAUCAGGGAAUCCCUGAGCUGAACGGCAGCUCUGUCGGAAUGGCUAAGUCGGCGUUAGAGGCUAUUGAUGAGCUUGAUUUGUUUGGAGCUUACGGAGGACCAAAAUCAGUGAUUCAUGUUCUACCAGAUGAAGUAGAACAUUGUCAGUCUAUCCUUUGUUCCUUGCUUCCUCGAGCCUCCACUUCUAAAGAGAUAGAUGCUGGUCUGCUGUCCGUAAUCUCCUUUCCUGCAUUUGCAGUGGAGGAUGCGGACCUGGUCAAUAUCACCAAGAGUGAGAUCAUCACCAAGCUACAGGGACGUUACGGUUGUUGCCGGUUUAUCCGAGAUGGAUACAGGACCCCUAAAGAGGACCCCACUCGACUUCACUAUGAUUCAGCAGAACUGAAACUCUUUGAGAAUAUUGAAUGUGAAUGGCCUGUGUUUUGGACCUACCUUAUACUGGAUGGGAUAUUUAAUGAGGAUCAUGAGCAGGUGCAGGAAUACAGGGAAGCCCUUGAUGGCGUUUUAAUACGGGGCAAACAUGGGAUUCGACUGGUGCCUGAACUCUAUGCUGUACCUGCUGAUAAAAUUGAGGAGGAGUACAGGAACCCUCACUCCGUGGAGCGUGUGGCCGCCGGCCAGCUCCCACACAUGUGGGGCCAGUCUCUGUACAUCCUGGGUAGCCUGCUCGCUGAGGGAUUUCUGGCACCUGGAGAGAUCGAUCCUCUCAAUAGAAGAUUCUCCAAAGGGUUCAAGCCUGAUGUUGUUGUGCAAGUGAGUGUAUUGGCUGAAUCGGUGGAGAUCCAGCAUUUGCUGAGGGAUUAUGGGAUAGAGGUUCAGACAAUUUCUGAGGUUUCACCCAUCCGAGUCAUGCCGGCUCGAAUCCUGAGCCACAUAUAUGUAAAAUUGGGUAACUGUAAGAAGCUCAGUCUGAGUGGACGGCCGUACCGUCACAUUGGUGUCCUUGGUACUUCAAAGUUCUAUGAGAUCAGAAAUCGUACCUAUACAUUCACCCCACAAUUCAUUGACCAACAUCACUUCUACUUGGCCCUGGAUAACCAGAUGAUUGUGGAGAUGUUGCGAACCGAGCUUGCCUAUCUCUCGUCCUGCUGGCGUAUGACCGGAAGACCUACCCUCACAUUCCCUAUCACAAAGAGCAUGCUGGUUGAAGAUGGUGAAAGUAUUGAUCCUUGUGUUCUGUCUACCCUGCGCAAACUCCAAGAUGGCUACUUUGGUGGUGCCAGGGUACAGAUGGCAAACCUGUCCUCAUUCCUCACCACCUCCUUCCACACUCAGCUCAGCUUCUUGGACGCAGAUUCUGAAGAGAACCUUCUUGAUGAGGACGAGGAAGAAGACCAAGAGAGUUUUGAGCCCUCAGGUUCUGGAGACGUGUUUGAACAGUAUCUCACAGAUCUCCUACACAUCUCUACCACAAAGGUCAACCUACCUCCUAUCCAGAGGGGGCAGCACCACGUUUUCAGUGCUGAACACACCACCAGGGACAUUCUGUCCUUUAUGGCCCAGGUUCAGGGACACAACAUACCCAAGCCUUCCAUGUAUUUACCUGUAGCCCCCAUAAUGAGCAAACACAGAAAGUCUCUGAAUCUGCUCGAAGUCCCACAACACCUUACUUCUCACCAUUCCAAGAAGACUGAUAGCGUGGACCUGGACUUGCCGCGUGAUCCCCAUGGGAACACAGAUUUUGCUUAUCUGGUUGACCAGCUUAAGCGCUGUCCAACCCUGCAAGAUCAGGCAGAUAUCCUUUACGUCCUCUAUGCUAUGAAGGGUCCAGAAUGGGUAGUUAAUAUGUCAGGUCAAGGUGAGGAGACUGUUCGCUCACUGCUGGAGGAGCUUUAUGUUUGGGCAGGAACGUUUAAGGAAUGGGGUCUCAUCCGCUACAUAUCAGGCAUCCUGAAGAAGAGAGUGGAGGUCCUAGCUGAAGCCUGCACUGACUUGAUCUCGCAUCAUAAACAGCUGACGGUGGGUCUGCCUCCUGAGCCCAGGGAGAAGGUCAUCACAGUUCCUCUUCCCCCUGAUGAACUGAUAAACUUGAUCUAUGAGGCCAGUGGACAAGACAUCAGCAUCGCAGUUCUCACACAGGAGAUUAUGGUAUAUCUGGCCAUGUUCAUGCGCUCACAGCCGUCCCUGUUCGGAGACAUGCUACGCCUGCGUAUCGGCCUUAUCAUGCAGGUGAUGGCCACAGAGCUCGCUCGCAGUUUACACUGUUCAGGCGAGGAGGCAUCAGAGAGUCUGAUGAGCCUGAGUCCAUUCGACAUGAAGAAUCUAUUACAUCACAUCCUGAGCGGGAAAGAGUUUGGUGUAGAGAGAAGCAUGCGUCCGAUUCAGUCCACAGCCAUUAGUCCUGCUAUUUCCAUCCAUGAGCUGGGACACGUAGGGGCAACCAAGACUGAGCGAACGGGAAUCAGAAAACUGAAGACCGAAAUCAAACAGAUCUUUAGCAGCAGUCAUUCCGUCAGCAGUAAUUUCACGUCCCCUCGUUCAACGAGAUGCAGCAGCCCCUCUACUCCCAGCGGCAUCUUAUCCCCGACCGGUACAGGUGACUCGCAUCUUCAGUGGGAGGAGCGUCAGGGCCAGUGGCUGAGACGACGCAGGCUGGAUGGAGCCAUUAACAGGGUGCCCAUGGGCUUCUACCAGAAGGUCUGGAAGAUUCUGCAGAAAUGUCAUGGCCUGUCGAUUGCAGGAUAUGUUUUGCCUUCUUCCACCACCAGCGAGAUGACAGAGGGAGAGAUCAAGUUUGCAGUGCACGUGGAGUCUGUCCUCAAUCACGUCCCACAGCCAGAAUACAGACAGCUGUUGGUUGAGGCCAUUAUGGUGCUCACCCUUGUGGCCGAGAUGGAGAUUUCCAGUAUCGGUGGAAUUAUUUACAUCGACCGUAUAGUCCAUAUGGCCAAUGAUCUCUUCCAGCAAGAUCAGAGAUCACAUGGGGCCAGUGAGUAUUUCUUGGAGAAAGAUCCUGCCACAGGAAUCUGCGACUUCUUUUAUGACAGCGCCCCUAGUGGCAGCUAUGGCACCAUGACUUAUCUUUCAAAGGCAGUGGUCACAUAUGUGCACGACUUCCUGCCAAACAGCAGCUGUCUAAUGCAGUAAUAACUGUAGUUCUCAGAGUCUUUGACCUUCAGGACUGGUCUAUUUCUUGUUUAAUAAAACCAAAACAUAAAAAAGAAUGUAAUAAAUCAGUUGAUUUAAGAUCUUAAAGGGAAAGGUCACCCGAAAAUGAACAUUCUGUCAUCAUUUACUCACCCUCGAGUUGUUCCAAAUCUGUAUAACUUUCUUUGUUCUGCUAAACAUAGAGAAAGAUAUUUGGAAGAAUGUUCAUAACCAAACAGUUCUUGGCCACCAUUUACUAAGCAUUCUUCGAAAAUAUUGUUUUCUGUGUUCAUCAGAACAAAACCAUUUUACAGAUUUGGAACAACUUGAGUAAAUGAUGAUUACAUUUUCAUUUUCGGAUGAUCUGUUCCUUUAAGCAUCAACAUGUGAGUCCCUAAACGUCGGCUCUGAAUUUGUUGAUGGCCUUGAAGCAGACUGCAGGAAAUGCCACUCAGUGCUGUUCUGUUUUUGAUCAAGAUGGUUUUAAGUUACUGUGAAAUGAAAAUAUCACUAAAAUAAAUAGUAUUUAAUUUAUAUUUAACUAUUGUAUUAUAUCUUACGAUAACAAUUGAAUUAAUAAUUUAUCAUUUAUGCUUAUAUAAUUUUUUUAUUUAAGAUGUUUCUGUAACAAGCAAGCUUUUUAGAGAGCACAUUAUGGCUUUGAUGUUUUAGUUUUUUUAGGUUAUGCUCUUUUAAAGGAUCUUUACAUGUUUUCAUUCACAAAAAUACUGUUAUAUUACUGUACGCAUAGUGUUUCCGGCCAACUUUAUUUUUGUACUUGAUAUUAGAAUACAUUCUAACUAUACUCUGUAAUUGUGAUGUAUAACAUGUGCUUCUCAUUUAAUGCAAUAUAUAUUACAGUACAAUACAAAUGUUAUGCAUUUGAAAACUGUGUAGGAAAGUGUAGUCAUUGUGGAUUUGCAUGCAAACAUCCAGCAUUUUAACUAAUUGAAACAUACUGGAUGUACAAUACUAACUUGUAAUGUCUACAUGGCAUUUGAAGGGCAUUAUUCUUAUGAAGCUUUCAUUUGAUUGUCUGAACUUUGAGUUGUCUUUGUAUUUAUAUUAUUUUGUUUUCCAAUUUAUUUACAAAAUUACUUAUUUUAAAUAGUUAUUGUACAUUAACCUCCAGUAAACAUUUGUAUGAUCACAAAUAAAAUCUAAUCACACAAUG